UCUCACUGUGUAUUGUUCUUCCAUCCCAAUUUGGAUCAUUCCUCUUAUUGUGUCACUGCACUUCCAUUGCAAAUUGCGGAACAGAUUGCUCCAUUCUGCUGAUUCUCAAGUGCCAGUUCUUCACCCAUUGACUCCUCUUCAUUAAUCUGGGCUGACUGUUCCCUGAUUACUGGUUUUUUUUUUUCAGCGCUGUAAAUACGAUACCUGCAAUUGUAACUCCAAUGAACAAUGUUUGUGUGCUGCCCUAUCAUCUUAUGCAAGAGCCUGUGCUUCCAAAGGAGUCAUGCUGUGGGGCUGGAGAAAUGUGGUCUGCAACAAAGAAGAAACUUCUUGCCCAGCCAACCAGGUUUUCCGCUACAAUCUAACCACAUGCCAACAGUCCUGCCGUUCUCUUUCUGAUGGAGAUAAGUACUGCUUGGAAGGUUUCACUCCGGUCGAUGGCUGUGGCUGUCCUGACAAUACCUAUGUGAAUGAGAAAGGCACCUGCGUGUCUAUGUCUUAUUGCUCCUGUCAUCAUCAAGGCUUAUAUGCACAACCUGGAGAAUCUAUCAUGAAGGAUGGCAAGCGCUG